AGCCUCUGGCGGUGCUUCUGCAGUUCGUCCGCUUGGUCAUAAUAGUAAGCCACCAUGGGCGGCGUCCACAAGCUGGCACCUGAGUAUGAGGAGCUUUUACGGCAACACAAACGGGAGACCAAAAGACGGAAAGUCGCCUCUCCACCGGCCAGACCAGAGCCUGAUAUAGUGGAUCUGGUGUCCUCGGAGGACGAGUGGGAUGAGGUCGAGCUUGAUCAAAGUGAGGAUGAAGGUGAAGGGGAGUCCUUUGACGAACCUUCCGAGGAAAUUACUGUUUCAUUGACGCCUAUACCUGAUUCUCGGCCCAAAAAGGAAGCAUUAUUCUCUCGAAAGGAGCGACUAGAGAUCCACACACUGACUUUGAUGGCGUUGAUCCUGCAUACUAGGACUCGCAAUUCAUGGAUUUCUAGCCAGAAGGCUCGAAAAGGACUUGUCAACUUGCUGCCAACAAUCGUGCAACAGGAAUUGCACCCUCCAAACCACCUUUCCUACAAUUUGAAAACUAAAAAGUUGAUGGAUGGACUUCGGGCUGCCAUAAGGAUCUGGAAGCACAAAUUCAAUAUAACUUGCAUCGGGCUGUAUUGCGUGGGAUGGGAAGAAAUUGGUCAACCCGAGCGGGCAAUUACACCGGUUUUAACUCAGGAUCAGUUUUUCGCUCGACUGGAAAAAAGGUCUGGAUCGGUUGAUUUGUUUACGCAAGGAUUUUGUGCUUUACUACGGGCCAAUGGUCUUGAAUGCAGAUUAGUUUGUUCAUUACAGCCUCCGGAUUUUACGAGCCCAGGAAAGUCGAAGCAGAAACCAGUCACCAUACUCAAUCGCCCGCCGAUUUACUGGACUGAAGUUUGGGAUCCCUAUUCUGAUCAAUGGAUUUCUGUCGAACCAUGUCAAGGAUUAGUCCAGGUUGUUCGUGGAAAAAGCUCAUUCGAGCCUAAUAUCACAGAUAGCCGAAACAUUAUUCGCUACUGUAUCGCUUGGGAUAUGGCCAAUAGAUCCAGAGACGUUACAAGACGUUAUGCAUCAGAGUAUAACGCCAGGACGAGAAAAAAACGUUUGCCAUUUGCUGGUACGGCAUGGAAAACAGUAAGUGACAAAGUCUUAUCGAGGUUUUCUGCCAAAACCCUUACUAAACGAGAACUGGACGAAAUUAAGCAGCUGAACCGGCGUGAACAAAAAGAGGGAAUUCCAUCUAGAAUUCAAAACUUUGUGGGCCAUCCAAUAUACGUUCUUGAACACCAACUUAAAAAGAACGAGUAUUUGGACCCUAAGACUCCUUGUGGCAGGCUUGCGUUGAAAGAUCACAAGUCAUGUCCUAUUUAUUUGAGAAAAAAUGUCAAGCAGUGUUUGUCUGCUAGAUCAUGGUACCGAAAAGGUCGUAUUAUAUUACCUGGCGAGCAACCAAAGCUUUAUCGAAGGUCAAAGAACCUGAUGGGAGAAGAGGAAGAUGUUGGGUUGUACAGCAGGGACCAAACAACAGAUUUCGUUCCAGAGCCUGUUGUUGACGGAGUAGUGCCGAAAUCAGAAUAUGGAACCAUUGACUUGUUUGUGUCCUCCAUGCUACCACCAAACAGCGCUUAUAUUGUUGACUCUUUUGGUGAAAGAGCAGCCAAGGAGCUCGGUGUAGACUAUGCACGGGCAAUUGUUGGAGCCGAGUUCGAAAGACGUAGUGUGAAAUCAGUUUACAAAGGCGUUGUUGUGCCUGCUGCCAACGAGGAAGCGAUCAGAGCUGUCUCUCUGGGACUUAGAGAACUCGAAAUCGAAAAAAAGCAGCAAGAGGAGAAUCUGAGGCUAAUGUCAAUGUGGCGCCGGCUCAUUAUUGGUGUCCGAAUUUGGAACCGUAUUGAGUUGAUGAAUCCUGAAACUCCAAGUGCGAAGGAACCAGUGUCUGAGCAGUCUAAAACAGAGUCGAAAGAGCAUCUUCCUGUUGAACCGUCAGAAACGAAACCAAGCGCAUGGGACCCAGGAUCAGACUCAGAUUCGGAGGUAAAGCCAAGUGCGUGGGAUCCGGGGUCGGACUCGGAUUCAGAGGUAAAGCCAAGCGCAUGGGACCCGGGAUCAGACUCUGACUCGGAUGUGCCGAGUGCGUGGGACCCGGGUUCAGAUUCUGAUCUUGAUGCAACUAGAACAAAAGACACCGAUCAGAUCAAACUGGAGGUUGAACCAAUUGGACCAAUUGGUUUGGACCGAAACAACGAACCAAAUACCAACCCUACGCAAGUUUCGGUAGCUAGGCGUUGCGAAAAUAUCAGUCCAGUCCAGCCCAAGCCAGAAAAAUUACAGGCGACACAACCUCGGUCCAAGAAAAUCUGCGUGGAUCUCAACGAAGUGAUUCAUGAGGUACGUACUGUUCCGACUGUGAAGCCACCCGCACCCGCAAAGUCGCCAGCUAUUGAGAGCGACAGCAGCGACUUUCCGGACGUGUUCUUAGAUGAUGAUGAAGACUAA